AUGACGACCCCAAUCGAUGCCCCCGUGUCCAGAACACCUAGUCAAUCGGGGAGGAGCUAUAUCCACCAGCAGCCACCCACGCAUGUAUCACCUUUACCAUCGCCAUCGCACUCCAACCGCCACUCCCAGAACCCGUCUUACCCAACUGCCACCCCCGCAGACGAGACGCUCUCAAAUACUCUAGCGAACUCAGCCGCUCAUCCCGCAUCACACCGAGACCCGUACGCUACUCCGCUCGCCGCUCCCGUCGCGACUCGCCCGGCGAAGUUCACCGAAGAGUGGGACGCCAGUCGGCGAGGAAGCUCGAUCGUGGAUGGACACCUAAAUUCUGUCCCCCCAAGCACCACCAUGCAGCGCUCUAGCUCUGUCUCCGGGUCGAUUGGCCCGGCCGACGGGAGUCACAUAGCCACGGCCCUCUCGCGCGGGAACACGCUGAAGAAGAAGCCAUCCCUCAGGAGAGGUGGGAGCCUGAAGCGCAGCAGCAGCCGAAGGAGCAUGAAGGCCGGAAGCGUCCGGAGUCUGGCACUGCAGUCCAGCACCGAUGAGCAAGAGCUGCAUAGUGCAUUCUAUUGCCCCGUCCCUACCGCAGGGAAUCCCACGGAAGCUCUCGCGGCCAGAUUUCAGGCGUGGCGCAAGAUUCUCAAGGACCUCAUCUCCUACUUUAGGGAGGUGCAGUCGCAUUACGAGCACCGGGUCAAGUCGCUCCAGAAAUUGGGCAACGUGCUGAAUAGCACGGCGAUGCCGCCGGGGUUCCUGGGGUCCGGAGGUCUUGACGAUGCCCUGCAGAUACUUAUGAGCAACAACAAACAAGCAGUCGUCGAGUCGAUCAAGGCGAAGGAGAUCGAGGAGGACGUUAUAUUGGCGCUUACAGGCCUACGGAGUGAUCUUCGCCAAAAGAUCAAGGAGAUCAAGAAUCUCUCCGGCGACUUCAAGAACUCUGUGGAUAGAGAGAUGGACGCUACGCGCAAAGCCGUCAACCAACUCCAGGAAGCACUUGGGCAGUCCGAUAUGGACCCCGCCCUGGUGACUGGCAAGCAGGACCCGUAUCUCCUAAGACUGAGCGUGGAUCGGCAGCUGGAGAAGCAGAUUGACGAGGAGAACUAUCUACAUCAGGCAUAUUUAAAUCUCGAGAACUCGGGACGGGAGCUCGAGUCUAUCGUUGUGGGCGAGAUACAAAAGUCGUACAACGCCUACGCAGGUAUCAUGAAGCGUGAAGCCGAUGUAGCCUACAAUACGGUCGAAGAACUCCGGGUCGGACCCAUUGCCAUGCCCAAGGACCACGAGUGGGCAGCAUUCGUUCAAGGCGAGGGCCAGCUGGUAGAUCCCGAAGUUCCCAUCCGGUCGACCGAGAUAAUCCACUAUCCCGGACGCGACCACUUGGCCUGUCAGGAGGUCAGGGCAGGGCUGCUGGAGCGCAAGAGCAAAUAUCUGAAGAGCUACACUGCUGGAUGGUACGUUCUUUCACCGACUCACCUGCACGAGUUCAAGUCCGCGGACAAGACGCAAGCGCCAGUCAUGUCACUUUACCUUCCCGAGCAGAAACUAGGAUCGCACUCGGCCGAAGGCGGCGCCACGAACAAGUUCGUCCUAAAGGGCCGGCAGACGGGCGCCCUGCACCGCGGCCACACGUGGGUCUUCCGCGCCGAGAGCCAUGACACGAUGAUGGCUUGGUACGAAGACAUUAAGGCCCUCACCGAGAAGUCUCCCGAGGAACGCAGCAACUUCGUGCGGGUGCACUCGCGGAGCUUCAGCCGGUCGUCCCAACGGUCCUUCAGCAGCGACGGAGUCGUGGAUGAGGAUGAUGACGAACCGUUCUCCGCCACCAAUUUGGUCAACCAGGAGCCGAACAACGACGCGCAGCCAAGGCGUCCCGAACCAGGUGGGCGAUUCCCAUCUGAUCUCCAGGUGAACGCGGAACGAGGCUUACAGGCUCCUCUAUCACCGUCUAGUCUAAGCUCCGGAUUCAACGAACACCAGGACCACGACACGGUUGCGGCGGCGGCUGCCUUGCCCGGGAGCGAUAUCGGGAACUCGGGUGCUCCUCCCGCGGAUUCCCGAUACGGAUAUGGGAGCACGGCCCGAACACCAAUGGACCAGGCACCAUCUCAUGCAGCCAUUGUUAGUCACCAAGCUCAAGAGGACGGCGUGAACCCUUACACCAGCGAGCCCGUUCAGCGUCGAGGCCCGACUAAUUAUACAAUUGCUGCCGUUGGCCCACCAUCCGACGGGGCUGGUGUUGGGGAUGCUCGGGAGCUGAGCAAUGGGAACCCGGGCUGGAUCGAGAACACGCCAUCUGAACCCCGAGAUCAUCUAGUUGCAGCUUCGUACGCCCCCCAGUCGAAUGGUGGUCAGAUUGCUCCACCAGAGGCGGCGGAGACUAGGACGGCCAACUACAUAGUACCCCUUUCGGCUGGCCAGCAUCAGGCCACGCCUCCGGGGGUGGAGUUGGAGGACAACCCGUACGCAGCUCGGGGGCGCAGCCCGGCAAACGUGGGCUUUGCAGCCGUCCCAGUUGUGGACAAGAUGGAUUUGGACAAGUCGGGAUACGGGCAGCAGUCCAGCCAGACGCACCCGGCCAACUCGGGAGAGCAGCCCCUGUUCAGGCCAGAGCAGGCAGGUCAGCCAGAGGGGACAGCAGUCCGCAGCGACAGACCCCACAUGCAUAUCCCUGGCGAGUAUCCAAAGUCUGGGCCACCUGCCGGAUAA